AUGGUUUUUAGACUCAUUAUUGUAGAUCCGCGACCAAAUGUGAAAAGCGGUGGAUUUGCGACCCCCAAGGGACGCAGAGACAAAUCGUCGCUCGAAGAUGGCCCAAACGAUCUACCCGUUAUGAUAAACACCUUCAGCUCAAAGCAGACUGGUAAGGUGCAGUAUCGAUCCAAAAUUGGGAUCACGAAGAAAAAAGUCGCCAAACCGACUAAAGAGACCAAGCCAAAUACAGAAGGUAAACGAACCUCCCAUCCACACUCUUCUUCUUCAGGUCAUAUGUCAUCGUAUUCUGACGGAAAUUCGCAUUUAGAGUCCUGGCCACAACAAUCAAAGGACAAAAAUACUCUUGCAUGGCCUCAGAGGCCGAUUACCUUCGUCAGCUCGGUAGCCGAUGCCUGUCAUUUGGAAUAUGCAAGCUCCGGGCCAUCGUCAUUUGAGUUUGAUGGCAAAAAACCUCAAAGACCCCUGUUUCGCAUCAAUAAUCCAAAGUUACGCAAGAAUGUGACAAAGACCAACGGGCGCAUAGACCUCUCGAACGUUAUAGACCCUAAUUUUGCAUUCUCUCAUAACUCACUGAACGAUUCCGGGAGUAAAAGUACCAAACAGCAGCCGCUGGAUUUUGGCACCAAUCCCAUAUUCAAAGUCCCACUCAACAAUCGUUGA